AAAGCUUACUUAAGAGGUACAUAUAUUUGUUCUCAAAUAAUAAAUAUAAUGUUCCUGAAAAUUGUAUUGAUGGUUCUCUUCUUCUGGCACAGCUUAAAAUUAUUAUUUUCCUUCAUGAUUCAGCUAGGAAAUCCCAUGUUUGAUGGAGAUGAUAAACUAUGCAAAAAACAGCUUCAAGAUGCAUAUAAAUAGGUGGUAUAAAUAGAAUAAAUGUAUAAAUGGUAAGUUUAAGAUCUAUUUCUAAUAAUCCAUAUUUCUAUUUCUCAGUUUACCUAGAUUUGAUCAAGUAUAAAUCUUGCCAUAUUUUUAUGAGGUGGAUGUCCCUUUUCUCCUUACAGUAAUAUUGUUUGACAAUUUUAAGUCAACUGAUAUUUUCUCAUUAUCAUACUAUACCCCUUUUCCCCCACACCAGAUCUAGUUACUUGAUUAAGUCUUUUUCUUGGGAGUUCCCAGGCCUGGAUUACUGUCAUCACUGAUUCACACGCUCCAACCUCAUGAAGAGCUUCCCCAGAGCUAUUGAUUUCAUUUCUUCCUUUCCCUUGGGGGACAAUGAACCAUCAUCCAGCCCUCUCUCCCCAUGAAGAAGCCUCUCCUUUCCUCAUGUUAUGAACAUACUUUUGUCGCUUGCACCCUAAAAACAAACCCUUUUACUGAUCCAACAUUCCCCCCUGCUCUUUUUUCCUUUCUAAAGAGUAGCCUCAACUCACUGUUUUCAUUUCUUCACUUCUAAUCUCUAACUCAACUUGCUGUCAAAACACUUCUGUCCCCAUACAGUCAAAUGAUGUUGUUCUAAAGUCCCUUAUAACUCCUUAAUACCCAAAUCUAAGUAACACUUGGCCUUAUCUUACUUGACCCCUUGCUAGCAUUUACUGCCUUGGACCUCUCCUGCCUUGCUGGCAUUCUUUCAUCCCAAGUUUCCACCACACCUGCUUCACUGAUGGGCCUUCUAUUACCUUCACUACUCCUUCACGAUGACUUUUUAUUUUUCAUAUCCCCUCACCUUAUAAUCAAUCAGAUGUUGAUCUCUAGACCUAUGUCCUUGGCCCUAUUCUCAAGCUACAAAAUUUCCUUGGGAAAACUAAUCAAUUCCUAUUGCUUUAAUUACCACUUCUUUGCUGAUACCUACCACAUUUUAGCCUUUAGCCCUAAAUUCUCCACUGAACUAUAGACCUCUUAUCUUUGGCUGUCUCCUGGAUAUCUCCUCCACCUACAUGUUACUAGACUCUCUAAAAUCUAUUAGAUCACUUAUGGGUUAUUUUUCUUGGGUGACUGUAUUUUAAACGUAGGAAGGAAGGUGAACUCAAUAUUCAGUAGCCAGAAGGGCAUAUUCUGGUACUCUUACAUGCUGUUUAUUUCUGUUUCUCCUCUUUUCAGGUACAAGGUAGACUACCACUUCCUCGUUCCUUUAAAAUUGGGUAUGUCAUGUGAUUUGUUUUGGCCAGUGAAAUGUGUGUCACUUCUAGGCAGAAACCUCUGAAAACUGGCACACAAAUAAUUUUUAUUCCCUUCCUCUUAUUAUGACAACCGGCAACAUUUCAGAAGUAAGAGGCUCCAUCAGCUUGCAUCCUUAAGUGAAGAUGAUGUGGAAAAGAUCUCCUGCCAACAACCAAAAAAUGGACAUAUAGCAUGAGUGAGAAAUAAACCUUUGCUAUUUUAAGCCUGGGGGAUUUUGGAAUUAUCUGUUACUGCCAUAUAGCCCAGCCCACCCUGACUGACUCAAGAUCCAAAACCAAAUUCAUUAUUUUUUUUCCUGUAUACCAUUAACAGAAUAAAACAACAUAAAAGUAUCUCACCUGCUGUUAGUCCUACAUUCCUUGUUUUCUUUGUCUUGGAGCCAUCACCAUCUACUCACUUCCUCAGACUAGAAACCUGGGAGCAUAUCUGGACUCCACUUUCAUGUCAAGCCACAUUUUAUGACUCAGGUAAUUUUAUAAAUUCUAUUUCCUAAAUAUCCUUCAAAUUGAUCCUUUCAUCUCCAUUCUUAGUGUACAUCUUAUUAUUAUCUCUUGACUAGACCUUUUAAAUGGACCUUUUAAAUGACCUUUUAAAUGGACUCUUUGUCUCCACUACCAGUCUUCCCUAAAUCUAUCUUCCAUAUGCCUGCCAGAGUGAUUUCUACAAAAUACAAACUUUGACCAUUGUACUUUCCAGUUUAAAAUCUAUUCUGUGCUUACAGAACAAAGUCAUAAUGUCUUAGCAUAGCCUACAGUGAUAUCCUGAUCCUUUUCCUCCCACCAUUUCACCACAUAGAUAGUACUAUUCUUUGAUCCUUUUAGAAAUCUCAAUUUAGACUUCAUUUACUCCAGGAAGGUUUUCCUGGUUGUCCCAAACAGACUUUUUAAGUACCUCCCUUUUGUUACUUCUCCACCUAAAAUGUGCUUUUGCUACUAAGUGUGUCAUUUUUAGAAAAUCUUUGCUUAUGUGGCCAUUGUAAUGGUUAUAAUCCUGGGGAUAGGAGGAAUGUCUUAUUCACCAUAUCUGGAAAGUAUAGUACUUAGCACAUUACAGACACCUCAAAAAGGUGUUUAUGGAACAGAAAUGAUAAGUGAUUUCAUCAGAUAGCUUAACAUCUGUUAAGAGCUCAUAUUUUUUAAAUAGCUUAAAAUCUGUUGAGGGCUUACUCUGUGUCAGGUAGCUUUAUUUUUAUUUAGCCUAACAGUAACCCUAGGGCAUUGAGACAUGCAUUAGGUAUCUAUCCUUACUGAUUUCAUUAUCAGAAGCAAACCAAAUCUCACCUUCUUAGCAGGUAGAUCAUUACAGGCCCUUAGGUACUAAUCAGAUGGAUUAUUUUCCUACGCAGUAAUUGAAUGAAUAGCAGAGACAUUAUCGUUUACACUCAAGGUUUUUUAUCUACAACUUUUAAGAGAAAGUUCAGGUCCAUUAUUUAAAACAUUUUGAAAAAAAUUAUAACAUCUAUAUGUCAUCUUUCCUUUAAGCAUACUUUUUACCAAGUUUAGUGGACCUCUGUAGAUAAAUGAGGGGUAACUCAAAUAAGAGAAACAGGGGCACAGGGAGAUUGACUUUUCUCCUUUCAUGUUUUCAAUAUUUCAUUAUGAUUCCAUUCACAAUCCCAAAUGAAUUUUUCUAAUUAUCAUUAAGUGACAAAAUACCAAGUAGUGAUAGAGGUGUAUACAUGAACUCAAGACUUCUUGUUGCAAGGAUAAUGAUAAAAUAUUGGAGAAAGCAUAAAGGUAUGAGAAGACACUAUAGAGUUAUAUGCCCAUAUCACAUGACUCCAGUCUGGCCUUCUUGGCCAGAAACAGUCAACCUUUUAUAAUUCACCUCUUGUUGCCAAUAAUUUUCUAUUAUCUCAAAUAACAAUAAGUAGAUGUACAAACCAAGUUUAUCAAUGCAUUAAAAAAACAACAACAGCUCGACAUUCUUAUCUUAUGGAGUCUAUUAAUUUGUCCAUUUUUUAAAAAAUUGCUCCGGUAUGAGGAAUUGAGGCCCUUCCUUUUUCAUUUUAGUCCUCAUCCCCGCUUUUAAACCAUGAGAUGCAGUCAGUUGCAUUUGCCAAAGCCUGAGCCGUGAGACUCCGGCUAGUGAAGCAAUUACCCAGCCACUUGGCCCUUUUGCAGAAAUACACAAAACGUGUAGAAUUGCUUAAUUUUAUCCCCUCCUGGCCUUUUCACGUGGAAAUUGGCUGCUCGGGCGAAUGUUGUUUUUCACCGCAGCCAUGUGUCGAAGGGCGAUUAACACUCGCUUGACAAAACCCCUUGCCCGGCCAUUUGGGAGUUGCACGCGUUCGCACCCCGAGUUCAGCCCGGUGCGCCUUCACGCGCAGCCUUUUUGUUUAUGCGGCUAGCAGUGGGGAGAAGGGCGGAGAGGGAGCGAACCUGGCGAUCUGCAGCAGGCCGCGAGGGCUAUAUAAAGCUCGGGUCCCGGACCUAGUGGAAGGGGCCAGGACUCCCAGCAAGCCAGCACCAGCUUUCCGCCCAGCCUCGCUGCGUCAUGGAGAGCGCGGGGAGCGGAGCGGGCCAGCGCGCCGCCCCCUAUGGCCCCGCACGGCGCGGGGGCGCGGACUCCGGGUAGGCUCCUGGCGCGGCUGUGCGCCUCACCCCCUCCUCCCGCGUCCUUCCAGCCCGCGCGUCCCCAGCUCCUCCCCUUGGCUCUCCAACCCCCGACACUGUGGUGCCAGCGCUUGGCUUGGGUAGAUUCUCCCAGGUCUGGGCUCACGUCCCCUCUGCGCGCCUUGUGCUCCCCAUCCUGCAGAUCCGCAGGCUUCUGGAGACCCUGGAUCGACGCCCGAGGCGAGAAAGAGGAAGCGGUGCCGCAGCACGCCGCGGAGGCGAUGCCUGAUGGCUCUGGAAUGACCGAAGCGUCAGGAAAGCUGUCCCAAUACAGACACCCAGUCAGACUAUUUUGGCCAAAAUCAAAGUGUUAUGAUUACUUAUAUCAGGAAGCAGAGGCUCUUCUGAAAAAUUUUCCAAUUCAAGCCACAAUUUCAUUUUAUGAAGAUUCUGAUAGUGAAGAUGAAAUUGAGGAGCUGACCUGUGAAAAUUAAUGUUAUUAAUUACUUUUGAUGACAUUCAAAACUUGUAGGAUUUAAAUUUAGUAUAUAAAUGUAUCAUAAUCCUUUCAAACUAAUUUAUUUGUAUAUAAAUUAUUAAUAAAAUGAAAUAUUUUGUAA